UCCGAUGAGUUAUUGUUUACCUAGCAACAUACAGCAGGAUAGCAUAGCAACGGUGUUUGGCAAAUGUCAAUGCUCAACGCAAUAUCUUGCAUGAAUCAGUUGAGUGUUACGGUGUGAUGAAAAUGUAAAGCUAAUAGCAUUGCAGUUAGCUGCAAUCUCUCGCUAUCUUACGGUGUUCAAGCUGCAGAGUGCUAAAUUAGCUAGCUAAAGGUGACAUCUCUUCUCCCAAAGAUGUCUUUCCAGGAGACGCCUGUUCCUUCUGAUGAAGAGGAGGCUUUCUACGUGCAUUGCAGAGCCGCAUAUCUAGCUGUAUUUAGAUCAAGUUUGACAAUAUCUCUUCAAAACAGCAGUUUUCGUGCUCUUCAGCAGGCUGGUAGAAACCCAACACACGCAACUCUCAAUAAAUACUGGACCCCGAGAACCUCCAAACUGAACUUUGAUGAAUUCUUUGAGAUUCUUAAAAGCGAGAAGAAAACUGAAGAAACUGAGCUAAUGAGAGCCUUUAAAAAGAUGGAUGUUAACAGUGAUGGCUACAUCUCACACAGUGAACUGGAGAAAGCCCUUACCACGAGAGGUGAGAAAAUGACCACUGAAGAGGUGAAUGCUAUUUUCUCAAUGGCUGACAUAAACAAAGACGGCAAACUGGACUAUGCAGAAUUCUGCAGAUUGCUUGUGUCUACUGUAGAGCAUAGUGUCAGAAUGGCUGCUUUGGAGAGGCUCGAAGCUAAUGCCAAGCUGAAGAGACAAAACUUUGGCAGUCAGUCCUACAGCCCUCCAAAGAGCUCAGCGUCAUCAGCAGCAGCAACUCUCCCUCAGCCUCCAGAAACACCCCGGGCAGAAUCAGACACCACACUAAGAAAAGACAGCCGAUCAUCCUCCCGUCCUUCUUCCGCUCGCAGCAGACGGUCGUCCUUGUCAAACUCCAUCACUAUGACAUCCAGCACAAAUAAGGCCAGCAUAGCAGAGCCUUCAGGCUUACAGGACUGGCAUCACAGUUACAUGAAGGGCUGUUUCUUCCUUGAGGAUGAUGGGAGUAUCAGCUCUCUGCAGUACCAGCUCCACCUUCCCCAGACAACCACCGUCUACCUAACCAUCCAACCACUCAGCCUCAGCCAUGGACUCGACUUGCCUUCUUCAUGGAUGACAGUGGACACAGCUCUUUUCGUCACGUCAGCUGGUGAAACCAAAGAGGACUCAACUUUAGUGUGUUUCACCGAGACGAAAGAGAAAGAGAAGUAUGUUUGGAAAGGAGAAUUGGAUGCUGGGACAUACUACCUGCUUCCCUUCACUAGUGGCUGCAGACUAAAGAAAAGAAGUAAGAAAAGCCUUUCUAUUAAACCUAUAGAGCUCGUCUACAGGACUGACACAGGAGAACUAGACCUCACCAGGGAACUCAGGGAGGUGCUGUCGGACAUCUUUGAGGUCAUAGACCUGGAUGGAAAUGGUUUGCUUAGUUUGGAGGAGUACAAUUUCUUUGAGUUGAGGACCAGUGGAGAGAAAUGUGACAAGGAUUCCUGGGCUGUCUGUAAAGAGAACUUCGAUAUGAGGAAGAACCAGCUGACGCGCCAGGGUUUUAUGGAGCUGAACCUGAUGGAGGCCACAGAGAAAGAUGGAGACCCCGCAGACCUGUGGGUCACUCUGGAGGCCAUGGGCUACAACCGAAUGCUGGAGCUAGUAGAGGCAUGCCCAGUCCAGUUGGAUGUUCACUGUGAAGGCACUCAGCCGGCGAUCCAGCCCCUCAGUUUGGACUCAGGGCCCAAGCUUCUAAUCCAGGCCCUCCAGAAGUCCAUCACAGCAAAGACAGGGGCCAAAGCACUGAGGGGACAAGACAACGUCUUCAUCUACACUUACAGAGGAGAACACAGGAUCUCCUCCCUUAUAGCCAACAAGGCCAACCAAAAAGUGACUGUCCAUGUAAACAAUGAGCAGAGCAGGAACUGCUGCAGCAGCAGAGGCAUGAGUGUGUUUGCUGUCGAGGUGCCAGCCAGGACUAAGCUGGUGUGCCAACAUAUCCUGCCCAUUAAUGAGAGACAGGAAUGGACCUACAACUGUGUAGAGAGCAUGCUCCCCGGCACGUAAAGCUGUAUCAUCAACAAUCAUCUAUUCUACUCUAAUAGCUUUGUGUUUUGUAAAGCCUUAAUUGUUAGACGCCACAAGCUAAGAACUUCUGGCUUGUGGCAAAAUAGUUGUUUUAGAAGCUCAGUGACUUGAUAAAUCCAUGGUCCUAAUGGCAGCAAGAGGUAGUCUCUGUAUUUCAUAAAGUAUGGUAAUAGUUUUGCAGCUAUUAGAAUGUGAACAUGUUUCUGUUAAUGAAGAGAGAAAUGUAAUUUACCAUUAUAACACAACUCUUUUAUUCAUAAUGUAUCCUUUAAAUAACAGUGAUUGUCAUAGUGAAUUCAACCACAAUUAAAUUGGAGAUGAUUUUAACAGUUUUUGAAUGUUAAAGUCAUGUAAUCGUAGAGACACAAACAAACUUUCUACGAUUUUCUUUUCUUGUGUUUUAAAAGAUUGACUUUGUAAAUGUAUUAUUUUCCUCAUGUAGUUAUAAUUACAGUCAUUAAAAUAUUCCUAUCGUGGAUUUUCCUUUACUGAUAUCUGUUUGUUUUCCUCUUGUAAUGCAACCCUGGAUUAUGUUUCCUUGAUACUUAGAUCCCUGUGAUCAGACAGGAAACGUAGAUCUCUCAGCUCUAUUGGAUCUAUCUUUUGGAUAAAAAGAAACAAUGGUACUUGAUAUGCUAUUCUACAAUGAUGGCCGAGAAUAAAAAUUGUAGACAUUUGAUGACAUAAUAAUAAUAAUAAUAUUAAUAACUUUAAUUUAUAUAGCGCCUUUCAUCAACCCAAGGUCGCUUAAAAAAGAAACAUAUAAGGACAAGACAUAAAACAGGUGGCAGAAAUGGAAGUGUUACAUUGCAGGGGGGGAAGAGUGAGUUACUGUUGGAAGGCUUUGUUGAACAGAUGAGUUUUCAGGGUUGAUUUGAAGAUGUUCAGAGAAGGGGCGUUACG